CAUCGAAGAAGAAAAAAAAUGAAAACCAUCCACAAAAAUUCGAUUAGCUGUCCAUUUUGGUGUUUCAUGAUUUAAUUUUUUUGUUUUCUUACAAUAAAUCAAGUGUUUAGGUCAUCUUAAUCACUUUAUUGGAAGAAUUGCAUUCCAUUUAUCCGUUGAAGAUUUGCAAUCGUCAGCAGCGAAAAUGGACGAUUUGAUUACCCUGAUCCGGACGGAAAUCCCCGAGGGAAGGCAAAACCUGCAGGAAAGUUACACUAAUUUGGAGCGGGUGGCCGAGUAUUGCGAGGACACUUACUACCGUUCUGACAAUAAGAAAGCUUCCCUGGAGGAAACGAAAAACUACACCACUCAGUCUUUGGCCAGCGUUGCUUACCAGAUCAACACGUUGGCGUACAACUUUCUUCAGCUGAUGGAUCUUCAGGCCACUCAGAUGGCCGAAAUGGAGUCCCAGAUGAAUCAUAUAUCUCAAACGGUGAUGAUCCACAAAGAAAAGGUAGCAAGAAGAGAGAUAGGCGUCUUGACGGCCAACAAAGUCAGCACGAGGCAGUACAAGAUCGUUGCACCGUUGAAUCCGGAGAAGCCUAUUAAGUACGUAAGGAAACCCAUCGAUUACGGUUUGUUGGACGAGAUCGGCCACGGAAUAGCACUGACCAACAACAACCAAAAGAAGCAUCGCAUCUCAAGUCAGGGAUCCGUUCAAUCCUUAUCGGUGAACAAUAUUUCCGUUGGUCCACCUCCGACAACGAAGCCUCCAACGCCUCCCCAAAUGACUCGCAGUGCUGGACAUACUGGGACGCUUGGGAAGAACGCCAGCAAUACCGGAACACUGGGCAAAUCAUCGAGAGAGUAUCGUACACCACCGGUUGUUAUUCCUCCGCAAGUACCAUCGCAUUACGCACCGAACUUCCCAGUUGGACAUCCUCGGCGUACUUCUGGUUCUGGUGGCGGCGGCGGUGAACGUGGUCCAGGCUACAGCGCUCUUCCAAUGCCCAUGCCACCGAGUCAGAUUGCAAUGCACCAUCCACCGCAAAUAGGAAUGGUACAUCCGAUGUCCACAACUCAGCACCAGUCUACAUUCGAUGAACGCAACAGUAUGCCACCGCCGCCGUCUCCUCUGACCGUAACGCAUGAGAUGCCUGACCACGGCCACAUAGGAAUGCACACGCUGAGUCGAAACAUGCCUCGUCCAGGGUCCCAAUCGCCACCACUGCCGCCACCUCCUCCGCCAGAGGAGUCCGACCAUGCCGACUUUGGCCGACCCAGGAACACUCAGAGCUUGGUGGCAGCGAUCGUUCCGGACGAUCAGAAUCUACCUGGUUGGGUACCGAAGAACUACAUCGAAAAGGUGGUCGCCAUUUACGACUACUACGCCGAUAAGGACGACGAGUUGAGCUUCCAGGAAAGCUCGGUGCUGUACGUGCUGAAGAAAAACGACGACGGAUGGUGGGAAGGCGUCAUGGAUGGUGUUACGGGAUUGUUCCCGGGGAAUUAUGUUGAACCAUGCGUAUAAAAUAUUAAGCGUCUGUUUUUCUUUCAGAUCUUUAUCCGAAUAAUAUUUAAUAUAAUACACGUAUUAUAAUGCUUUUUAGUUUCCUUUAUAUAAAUUAUCGAUGCCCGGAUAUAUUAUAGCAUUUGAAUGUAUUGCAGCAUUAAUUAAAAACCUAUAUCGGAAUAAACGUUAGACAGUCAUCAAAAUCUCAGAAAGACGCUCAUCGGAGUUCAAACAAA